AUGUCGGACUCUGAGCUGUCCCAGGGCACGCUGGUAUUCGGCCUCCACCUCUGGGAGCUCGUCGGCGUCGGUGUCGGUGCCGCAUUCGUGCUCCUCCUCGUCCUCCUCUCCCUGCUCUGCCUCCUCGCCUCCCGCCGCCGCCGCCGCCGCCGCGCCGUCCCGGCCACCCCCGUCCUCCACCUCCCCGUCGUCGUGCCCAAUGCCCAGCCCAAGCACCCCGCCAAGCCCCCCAAGGACAUCCAGGAGGUGCCCUCCCGUGGCACCGCGGCCCCCGCCGCCGCCCCGGCCAAGGCCCCGCUCGCCCAGGUGCUGCAGGCGCCGCCGCCGGACUCCAUCCAGAUCGAGACGGGGAAGGAGCACCGCAUCACGUUCCCGGAGCAGCCGCCGCCCCCGCACCACCAGCGGAGCGGGGGCCCGUCGUCUCGGGGCGCCAGCGGGGAGAGCCGUGGCGGUGGCGGGGAACCGGGGGUCCCGGAGGUCUCGCACCUGGGGUGGGGCCACUGGUACACGCUCAAGGAGCUCGAGGACGCCACGUGCAUGUUCGCCGACGAGAAGGUGAUCGGCGAGGGCGGCUACGGCAUAGUGUACCACGGCGUGCUCGAGGGUGGAGUGCAGGUCGCCGUCAAAAACUUGCUCAACAACAGGGGGCAGGCAGAGCGUGAAUUCAAGGUUGAGGUGGAAGCUAUCGGUCGGGUGCGACACAAGAACCUUGUGCGGUUGUUAGGAUAUUGCGCUGAAGGCAACCAAAGGAUGCUUGUGUAUGAGUAUGUUAAUAAUGGAAACUUGGAGCAAUGGCUCCAUGGUGAUGUUGGUCCUGUGAGCCCUCUUACAUGGGAUAUAAGAAUGAAGAUUAUUCUGGGAACAGCAAAAGGGUUAAUGUAUUUGCAUGAGGGACUUGAGCCAAAGGUGGUUCACCGUGAUGUCAAGUCGAGCAAUAUUCUUCUUGACAAGCAUUGGAAUGCAAAGCUUUCUGAUUUUGGGCUAGCGAAACUUUUGGGUUCUGAGAGGAGUUAUGUCACAACCAGGGUCAUGGGGACAUUUGGGUAUGUUGCGCCAGAGUAUGCGGGCACUGGCAUGUUGAAUGAAACUAGCGAUGUCUAUAGUUUUGGAAUUCUGAUCAUGGAAAUAAUAUCUGGCCGCGUACCUGUUGAUUACAACAGGCCGCCAGGGGAGAUUAAUCUUGUUGAGUGGCUGAAGACGAUGGUCAGCAACAGAAACUCUGAAGGGGUUUUGGAUCCUAAGAUGACUGAGAAGCCUACUUCUAGGGCAUUGAAGAAGGCUUUGCUAGUGGCUCUGCGGUGCGUAGAUCCUGAAGCUCGCAAGAGGCCAAAGAUUGGGCAUGUCAUCCACAUGCUUGAAGUUGAUGAUUUUCCGUACAGAGAUGAGCGUCGGGGUGGCAAAGCUCCAAUUCAAGCAAGAUCAGUGGAAACACCUGCAAGUGAACCUGGUGAUAGUAGUGGAAACAACACUCCAAAGGAUGCACCGAAGGGAGAACCUUUCAACUGGAGAAAUCAGGAAGACUAG